CUGCAGGUCUCUGAGAAUAUGGUUUCACAGAGGUUGGAAAAUGCUCAGAGGUGGCAUCCCAACACAGAGUGAGGGAACCAGACUCGUUGGUCCGACAGGCAUUGACCUUCUGAAAAACAGGAAUAAGACGUAGCGGAUCAGGCGCGGCUCGGCCACCUCAGGCCGACAGAACAAGUAAGGACCGGCUGCGACACGAGGAAGAAGGCCCCUUGCCAAACGUGGUGCUUUCUUUCCCCGGUUUCCUCGCACCCCAGCUGGGUAACCGGCGACUUCGAACAUCUCUUCCCACGAGGGACGGGAACUGGGCAGUGAUGGCUGAGGUGAAGGUGAAGGUACAGCCGCCCGACGCGGAUCCCGUGGAAAUAGAAAACAGGAUUAUAGAAUUAUGUCACCAGUUCCCUCAUGGAAUCACAGACCAAGUAAUUCAGAAUGAAAUGCCUCAUAUAGAAGCCCAGCAGCGGGCAGUGGCCAUCAAUAGACUGCUGUCCAUGGGUCAGUUGGAUCUCUUAAGGAGCAAUACAGGCCUUCUGUAUAGAAUAAAGGAUUCUCAGAAUGCUGGCCCUGUCUCAUUCUUUUUAAGUAAAAUGAAAGGAUCAGAUAACCAAGAAAAACUGGUAUAUCAAAUCAUAGAGGAUGCAGGAAAUAAAGGAAUAUGGAGCAGAGAUAUCCGAUACAAAAGUAACUUGCCAUUAACAGAAAUUAACAAAAUUCUAAAGAAUUUGGAAAGUAAAAAGCUUAUCAAAGCUGUUAAGUCUGUGGCAGCCUCAAAAAAGAAAGUAUAUAUGCUCUAUAACCUGCAGCCAGACCGGUCUGUGACUGGUGGAGCCUGGUACAGUGACCAGGAUUUUGAAUCAGAAUUUGUAGAGGUGCUUAACCAACAGUGUUUUAAAUUUCUACAAACCAAGGCAGAAACAGCACGAGAAAGCAAACAGAAUCCAAUGAUACAAAGAAAUAGUUCAUUUGCCUCAUCACAUGAAGUAUGGAAGUACAUCUGUGAAUUGGGGAUCAGUAAGGUAGAAUUGUCCAUGGAGGACAUUGAAACUAUCUUAAAUACACUGAUUUAUGACGGGAAAGUAGAGAUGACUAUCAUCGCUGCAAAAGAAGGCACAGUUGGAAGUGUGGAUGGACACAUGAAACUGUAUAGAGCAGUCAAUCCUAUCAUCCCGCCCACAGGUUUGGUCCGGGCCCCCUGCGGACUCUGCCCGGUUUUUGACGACUGCCAUGAAGGUGGUGAGAUUUCACCAUCUAACUGUAUUUAUAUGACAGAGUGGCUCGAAUUUUAAGAGAGCUAGGAACUUUACUGACAUUUUGCAAAUGAAGUUACUUUGAGAGCAAAUAAUUUAAUUCGUGAUGGAACAUCAAAUACCCUUGAAAGCAAACUUCACAAUAAUGGAUAGACUAGCUGCUAUGAAAAAAUAUUUUUUUAUCUAUGAAGACUAAAUUUAUAAUGGUAGAGUAGGCAACGGAAUAUGAAGCAGGUAAGGCUAAUACUGAAAUCCAUUCUUCUAUAAAUACUUAGAACUUCUGGAAGACCACCUUCUGAAGCCUUCAAGACUUGUGAUGGUUCAUGGAAAAAGAAGCCAAUAAAUCCAUAUUUGCCAAAUACUA